AUGCGCGUCCACGCCGUGCGCCUCGACCCCGGUCAGGACUUGAAGCGGUCCCUGUUGGAGUACUGCAGCGCGCAGAACCUCGCCAGCGCGUGGAUUCUCACCGCCGUCGGCUCUCUGCGCGCCGCCAACAUCCGCUUGGCCCACCACGACAAGUUUCUCGGCGCCGGCGCGAACGCCGUCCUGGCGCUUCCCGAUCAAAAGUUUGAGAUCUGCUCGCUCGUCGGAACGAUAUCGCGCGCGGGCGCGAGCUGUCACCUGCACGUCUCGCUCGCGGACAGGCGAGGGGACUGCGUCGGGGGACACGUGCUGGAGGGCAACGUCGUGUUCACGACGUGCGAAAUCGUGCUCGGAAGCUCGUCGACGAUGGCGUUCGAUCGCGAGCUGGACGAGAGGACCGGAUUCGAUGAGCUCGUGGUGCGAGAGGCGGGCGCGGGGGCGGAGACGGGGGCGGGAGAGACGAGAGGAAAGACGGCGCGAAGAGCGCGACAGUUACGAGCGGAGGCUCGCGAACGCGAGCUUCGCGCGGCGGCGGGGGAACGCGAGCGGGCGCGAGGGUUGUUCGAGUGGUUAGUGAAGGUCAUCGUGCCGAAACCUGGUGCGAGGCGCGCGGAGUCUGAUGAAGAAGAGGAGGGGGAGGAGGAGGAAGGCGCGGCGGCGGACGCGCCGCGAUGA